GCCCGGGCAAGGCAGACAAAGCAUGGAGGGGAGGACAUCCAAGAAAUUAACUUGCUCGAUGUCUUGAAGGACAGUACUAGGAUGUGGAGGAGCUUGCUGCUGAAGGGGUCCACCUGUCUCCUGCAGGUUGGAGUCCCAAAACUCCCCCACCGAACACUGCUUUCCUCUCUGCCUUUAAGACAUUUUACCCCCAAACCUUAUUUCAAGGCUGCCCCUGCUUUGUGUAUGCUGCCACACAGUCUGCCUGUCCACUUAAGGAUUUAUAGGACCUAUAAAAAGGAUGCUAAAUCUAGUGGCGAGUUCCCAGUUAGUCCUGUGACUGUAACUGAUAUAAAAAAUUACCUGCGAUCCAAAGAUAUACAUUUCCUUGAUGGUUACAGCUGUUUGCACAUCCCAAGUAUUUUUGUGGACCCUACUUUAAGGAAAGACAGCUUUUCCUUAUUUGUUGACAAAACUACUGGUAGGUUUUUGUGUAUGGACACGUUGGUGGAGGGGAGCUGGGAGGACCUUCAGGAUUGUCUUGAGGUGAUGCAAAAAGAUGAACAAGAUGCCCUCAGCCCCUCCAUGCUGCUGGGGUAUCCCGAGAGCGAAGAGGAGCAAGAGGAAAGGGACAGAGAGCUGAAAGAGGUGCAGAGGAUCUGGUCCAGUUCUGUCCCGCUCACAGAUCUUCCUGAGGAAGAGGCACAUCUGAUUAAAACUAUGUUCCAGAUUACCAAAAUUACCAAUGCAACCCUGAAGAAGUUUGGAGUGCGACUCUUCAAGCCGACCAAGAAUUUAGUUUUCCCCUGGUUUGGAGGACCUAACUGUUCAUUAAAGGGGGUGAAGCUGCUAUCUGCCCAAAUCACUGAAAAUGACAAAGUAACCUAUAAGGAAGCUACACUUCCCAGGAUCAGUGCGUACUAUAACUUGUUUGGCUUUCCUUUGGUGGGACGUAAGGACACAGAGUUGGUUUUGACUGGAAGUGAAUUAGAUACAUUAGCUGUAAGCCAGGCUACGGGACUCCCCUGUGUUAGUCUACCACGUGGAGUCAGCUGUUUACCACCUAUCCUCCUACCUUAUUUAGAGCAAUUCAAAAGAGUAACUUUGUGGCUAGGAUCAGAUAUUCGUUCCUGGGAAUCAUCCAAAAUUUUCUCAAGGAAACUAGGUCUAAAAAGAUGCUCGCUAGUGAGACCAGGAGAAUUCAGACCAUCUCCGAUUGAGGCACUGGCAGAGAGCAAAAACUUAUCUAGAAUAAUAAGCACCUCCAUCCCAGCAGCACACAAGUCUAUAGUCUCAUUUAAGCAGCUGAGAGAGGACGUGUAUGGAGAGCUGCUGAACAAAGAUCAGGUGGCAGGCGUCAAAUGGACACGGUUUCCAGAACUCAACAGGAUCCUCAAAGGACAUCGCAAAGGAGAGCUGACAGUUUUUACAGGUCCAACAGGAAGCGGAAAAACCACCUUCAUUAGUGAGCUGGCCCUGGACCUUUGUAUGCAGGGAGUCAACACUUUAUGGGGAAGCUUUGAAAUCAACAACGUGCGUCUGGCUAAGAUCAUGCUCACACAGUUUGCCAUGCAGAGACUGGAGGAUAAUUUAGAGCAAUACGACUACUGGGCUGACAAGUUUGAAGAGCUGCCGUUGUAUUUUAUGACUUUCCACGGACAGCAAAACAUCAAGACUGUUCUUGAUACUAUGCAGCAUGCGGUGUACCUCUACGACAUCAACCACGUUAUAAUUGACAACCUGCAGUUCAUGAUGGGGCAGGAAAACCUCACAGUAGACAAGUUUGCGGUACAGGACCACAUCAUUGCAGCGUUCAGGAAGUUUGCCACUAACAGCAGCUGUCAUGUCACGUUGAUCAUUCACCCGAGAAAAGAGGAAGACGACCGAGAGCUUCAAACUGCAUCCAUCUUCGGUUCUGCAAAGGCGUCCCAGGAGGCAGACAACGUGCUGAUUUUGCAGGAGAAGAAGCUGGUGACCUGCCCCGGCCGCAGAUCUCUUCAGGUCACGAAGAACCGUUUUGAUGGCGACGUGGGCAUCUUCCCUCUGGACUUCAUCAAAACGUCCCUCACUUUCUCCGCUCCUGUUAAAGGUAAACUCAAGUUCAAAAAGCCCACAAAGAGCGAAACUGACGCUCUCCCAGGACCUGACGCGGCAGUGAAGAAGGACGAGGUCAAAAAGGAAAAAGUGUCUAAAACAACAAAGAAUAAAACUGCUACAGCAAGUGAAACCAACCAGAAAUAAAAUGAACUGUUAUUUAGAGUCGUACAAGGUUCAACUAAGCUACGUUUAGUUAGAAUAAUGCAUUUCUCAGUAUUCACUUUGAACCUUUUGGACUAAAGGUGCUUUUUUGGUCAUCUGCUUCUUUUCUCCUUGAAGAUGUUGAAGUGGUUUGCCUGUAAUGUUCCUCUGUAUGGCAGCAAACACAUCUGUCUCCAUGGAGACAAGCAGGUGAUCAACAGACCAAGUUACAGAUCAGUUCUGUGAAGUUGCAAGCCAGCUCACAGUAAGACUGUGUGUUUUUGAGGCUAUUUUUUUAGCAAUAAAAACACCUGUAUUGGAUAAAUCAAGAUAGAUGUUAAAUGCCACACUGUGGAACAUUUCAGGUAAAGCCAUGUCAAGCUGAUUGCAGAACCUCUUCCAGAAAAGUUACAUAGUGUACCUUUUGAAAUGGUUGGUAAAUUUACGAUUAUUAUUGUACACAUUGUACAUAAUUAAAAAUAAUAUGUAAAAUAAUGUGCCUUUUAUAUGAGAUCCUGUGAUUUGACAUAAACUGACAUUAUAAUGCUUUAUGUAUUUUGUAUUUUGUAUGUAUCAAGUCAUUUAUGUUAGACACUGUUUCACAUAUACAGUAUACAAAUAUAAUUUUCCCUCUUAUUCAUCCAAAUGAAUAAUGCAUGCCCCUUUCAGAUGAAGAUUCAAUAGUAUUAGAUGCUUUAUUAAAUAAGCUACAGCAUUUAUGCAUUACUAGUAUAUUCAAUGUGAAAUUAAAAGGGUUUAUGAUUUCAUUUAAACAGUUUUGAAGGAAUAAGGUGUAAAACAUUUUUGAUAAUGUUCUGUUAAGUGCCAAUGCUUUUAUAGGACAAAAAGUGCUUUCUACUGAUUUAUACUAAUACCUCUUUUGUAUUAAACACUGUACAAAAAAAUCAUCAAUAUAGAUU